UUCUCGCGAGAACAGCGCGUUGCUGUUGCUACAGAUAACUAGCUAGCAGCCAAGCUACCUAGGUUUCUGCAGUCUUUCUUACCAGUUGGACUGCGAUGGAUACUCUUGGGACCCUGGACGAGGCAGAGAGGCCCCGUCACCGCCCUUUCCUAAUAGGGGUCAGCGGAGGAACCGCCAGCGGCAAGUCAACAGUUUGCGCCAAGAUCAUGGAGCUUCUGGGUCAGAACAAGGUGGACCACCGCCAGAGAAAGGUGGCUAUUAUCAGCCAGGACAGCUUCUACAGAGUCCUGACUCCGGAGCAAAAGGGGAAAGCGCUGAAGGGCCAGUACAACUUUGAUCACCCAGAGGCAUUUGAUAACGAGUUAAUGUACCAAACCUUGAAGGACAUUGUGGAGGGAAGGGUGGUUGAAGUGCCAACGUAUGACUUUGUCACCCAUUCCAGGUUGGAUGACAGGAUCACAGUUUACCCAGCAGAUGUGGUCCUCUUUGAGGGGAUCCUGGUCUUCUACCCCCAGAAAGUGCGGGAUAUGUUCCACAUGAAACUUUUCGUGGACACAGAUUCAGACGUCAGACUGUCUCGCAGAGUUCUGCGAGACAUGAACAGAGGGAGAGACUUGGAGCAGAUUCUCACUCAGUAUACCACCUUUGUCAAGCCUGCUUUUGAAGAGUUUUGUUUGCCUACAAAGAAGUAUGCAGAUGUCAUCAUUCCAAGGGGAGUUGACAAUAUGGUGGCCAUCAACCUCAUCGUACAGCACAUCCAAGACAUACUGAACGGUGACCUCUGCAAAUGGCAGCGUGGGACCAUUAAUGGCCACGGGCGGAGCUUAAAACGGGCCAUUUCGGAACAGAUGGAUCUGCAGAACGGAGCCGCUAACCCUGUGGGAAAGAGGGUCCUGCUGGAGCCCAGUUGUCGGCCUCACUGAGACUGUGUGGGCGCAUGGGGUGGACGGAUGUGUCCAGACUGUGAAUGAGCUUUGAAUUAGGAUUGCUGCUACUGAUUUGUGCUGGAUGGGUCAGCAACUGUGAUGCCAGUCUCACCCUCUGCAGCCUUUUAAAAAAAACAGAGUAUCCACAAUCCCAUGGCGUUUGACACUUCUUCAUAAAUUUACAGUAAUUAUUGGUGCGUAACAGAUAUGCUAAUAGAUUAUGCUUUUCAAAUGCAACAGUCUUCCAUGAUAUGGUUUGAUUUCUCAGUGUUGACUGUGGUUGGAUACUUACUGAUAUGGAUUCAGUUGAGGGUAGGAAGCGUUUUUUAAAUGUUUAGUUAGUCAUGCUUUUGCACAAUUUGACCUUACAAUUAUAUUCCUUCUUGGUUGCUUUAACAGAGAUUAUAUUAAUACUUAAGUGUUGUAGUUGUCGUAUUGCUUUCCCCGUUCUUUUAACUUAUUUAAAUCAAAUUUGGCCAGGUGGCUGUGAGGUUCAGUUGUUUCAAACCUAAAUUGGUAUCAAGUGCUUCCUUUUGAUUAUUUACAGUUGAAUACAUGCCUUAAUUUUUUUAAGUUCAUUAUCCACUGACCAUUCUGUACAACAAUAAAUGGAAAUUCUAUUGUGACGUUUUAAA